UCUUGAACAUUUGGACAGGCUCGGUCUCCCAAUUGCCCAAGAGUUGGCUACAGACAUUAUUCUCCAAUCUUUGCCUGAGGCUUAUGAUGGUUUCAUCAUGAACUUCAAUAUGCAUAAUAUGGAGAAGACCACCACAGAGUUGCAUGGGAUGCUUCAAACUGCUGAAAAGAACAUCAAGAAUGAGAUUAAGGAUGUUCUUAUGGUCAACAAGGGAAAGGGUAUGAAAAGGUCUGGUAAGGGCAAGGGAAAGGCUUUCAAGAAGUCUAAGCCCAAGUCCAAGCCCAAGACCAAGGAUGAACCCAAAGCAAAACCGCCAAAGGAAGGAACUUGCUUUUUCUGCAAGGAACCUGGACAUUGGAAAAGGAAUUGCAAGAAAUAUCUGGAUGAUCUGAAGAAGAACAAGGGUAGUGAGACUACCACUUCAGGGUCUCAAAAGGAGUAGAAGUCUGACAAAAGGCGAAGUGGACCUACGAGUUGGCAAUGGAGCAAGAGUUGCUGCUUUAGCU